CCGCAAAUCGAUGUGGUUCUUCUGUCAUAAUUCCUUUAGCUACUUAGGAUCGAUCUAUCCUCUGAUGCGUUUAGCUUGGAUCCAGCUUCUAGGUUCUCCAUAAAUGAAAUACCCAAAUUACUCAUGAAUGCAAAACAUUUUCAGCUUCAAGUUCCUUUCCCACAGAUUUAUAACAAUGUACUGCUGAGCUCAAAAUAAACCUGUCUGCCUCUCCAGACAUAUUGAUCUGGUCAAAAAGCUUGAUCCUUCUUCUAAAUGUCCAUAGUCCAUGUAACCUCUCAGCAUAGUCUGAUAACAUGCCACGUCAGGGUUCAAACCAGCUCCAUGUAGUUCUUUAUUCACCUAUCAAACCCAUUUUGGCAGAAGUGAAGAGCAAGAGGUUAAAAUGCUCACAGGAGGGAUGGACACCGAUUUCAUGCAUAGAGUUGAUGGUUUCCUCUGCUUCUGAGUAUUUCAGACUCUCUGUGUAAGCUCGAAUUAGGGACAGGUAGGUGAAGGAGCCGGGUAAGCAAGGGAAUUUUAAUAAAACACUCUCGAUACUGUUCACUUUUAACAAUAAACCAUAUUUUUACAUUUUCUAGUACUAUUCACUUACACAUUUAUUUAUUUUUUUUCAUUAAAACUAAUUUUUUUUUUUUUCGUUAGUUUUCCUUUGAAUAAUUCCUCUACUUCUUCAUAAAGGCCCCCAGCAGCAUAUACAUUGAUCAUUAUAUUAUAACCGACCUGAUUUUCACGUAAAAGACAAGACAUCAGACUCAGAUAACAGCUUUACACUUCCAAAUAAUCGUGAAAGUCGAUUCAUAAGAAAAAUGUAAUAUUUUUCAGCCACCAACUUGCUUGGGAUAAGCCAUCCUGUUGCACCAAGACGUACCCUCUUGAUUUAUUAAUGAGUAAUUACUAAUUAGUCAAAAUAAAUCUUUAUUUAUCCCUUUUCAGUUUUAAAGGCUAUUUGUAAUAAAACCCUUAUAUAUAUCCAUCCUCAACUCAUCAUGCGAACUGCAUCUGUUAAAGACAUCGGAAAAGAAUGUCGUCGUCGAUCAGCAUGAAGAUUUUAAUUAGCUUGAAACUUGUAGUGGGCUUGUUAUUGUCUACUGGUGGCAACUUCCAUUGUCAAGCUUCGCCUCCUCGUUACACUUUUGUGGUCGAAGAAACUCCAUACAAACGACUGUGUAGCACAAAAAACAUCUUGACUGUAAACGGCCAAUUUCCUGGACAAACGAUGUAUGUUCAUGCUGGAGAUACUAUCGUGGUGGAUAUCUAUAACAAGGGAAAUCGUAACAUUACCAUCCACUGGCAUGGAGUUAAGCAACCGAGGAAUCCAUGGUCGGACGGUCCUGAUUACAUCACGCAAUGUCCUAUCCAACCAGGAGCCAGGUUUACCCAAACCAUUAUAUUUUCCUCAGAGGAAGGGACUCUAUGGUGGCAUGCUCACAGCGAGUGGGAUCGAGCCACCGUCCACGGUGCUAUAGUCAUAUACCCCAAGAAGGGAGCCACUUACCCAUUUCCCAAACCUCACGCAGAAUUUCCAAUCAUCUUGGGAGAGUGGUGGAAGGAAGAUAUCGGUCAACUGUACAAUGAAAUGAUUCAAAGCGGAGGGGACGCAAAUACUUCAACUGCUUUCCUCAUCAAUGGUCAACCAGGCGAUCUCUAUCCUUGCUCAAAACCAGACACAUUUAAGCUCAAAGUUGUUUCCGGCGAAACCUACCUGCUCAGACUAAUCAACUCUGUAGUGCAAGAGAUGAUGUUUUUUGCCAUUGCCAAUCACAAAGUCACGGUUGUAGGCUCAGAUGCUAGCUACACCAAGCCAUUUUCAACAGAUUAUGUGACCAUAUCUCCCGGCCAAACCAUUGACCUCUUGUUAAUUGCGGACCAAAUUCCCAACAACUAUUACAUUGCUGCUAAAGCCUAUAGUGCCGGGGCUGGGGUUCCCUACGACAACACAACCACCACUGCCAUACUCCUAUACCAAGGAAAUUCUAAUUCAUCUCCUACUUCUUUGCCUAAUAUUCCUUCCCGUAACGACACCAAAGCAUCGGUUCACUUUACCAGUAAACUCAAAAGCUUGGCUGAUAAAAACCACCCCGUUGACGUGCCGCACAAGAUAACAACUCAUUUGUUCUUUACACUCUCCGUCAACAUGCUACCCUGCCCGAAUAAUUCAUGUGCUGGGCCUAACGGGACUCGUAUUGCCGCCAGUGUCAACAACAUUAGCUUUGUCAACCCCACCAUUGACAUAUUGCAAGCUUACUAUUACCAUGUAAAUGGGGUAUUUGGAACUCGCUUUCCAAAUUUCCCACCCUUGCUAUUUAAUUUUACAGCUCAGCACUUGCCGUUGUACGUACUCCCGGCGAAGCGAGCGACAGAGGUGAAGAUACUGGAGUACAACUCAAUGGUGGAGAUUGUGUUUCAGGGGACAAAUAUAGUGGAUGGAGAUGACCAUCCGAUGCAUCUCCAUGGAUUCAGUUUCUACGUUGUGGGAUGGGGGUUUGGGAAUUUUGACAAGGACAAGGACCCUUUGACGUAUAAUCUUGUCGAUCCCCCUCUUCAGAGCACCAUCGCUGUCCCUAAAAAUGGUUGGACUACCAUUAGAUUCAAGGCGGACAAUCCUGGUGUUUGGUUCAUGCACUGUCAUACCGAUCGACAUAUGUCAUGGGGCCUAGUCAUGACGUUCAUAGUGAAAGAUGGAAAGGGUCUAGGAGCGCAAAUGUUACCUCCGCCGCAAGGAAUGCCUCCGUGCUAACAAUUUUUAUAAAGAACUAUUUUCCAAAAUGUGCGUACCAUAUAUAUAUAGUCCCACUUAUUUGUAGUCAA